AUGAUAGAAGAAGAGUUUAAUUUUUUAUUAAUAACAAUGGAUGAGGUGGUCCGGGGAGAAGAAGAGGCGGCGCAGGAGCUUCUACCGGGGUUCCGGUUCUUUCCGACGGAGGAGGAGUUGAUUUCGUUCUAUUUACACAACCAACUCCAAGGCCGGCGUAGGGAAAUCCACCGCGUCAUUCCGGUGCUCRACAUAUACAGCAUUGAGCCUUUCAAUCUCUCCAGGUAUUCGGGGGAGAGGUGCAGGAGGGAGAGGGAGCAGUGGUUUUUCUUCGUGAAGCAGCAGGAUAGGGAAGCGAGGGGAGGGAGGCCCAACAGAACGACGUCGUCCGGGUCCGGAUAUUGGAAGGCCACCGGCUCUCCCGGUUACGUCUACUCCUCCGACAACCGGGUCAUCGGACUCAAGAAAACCAUGGUGUUUUAUAAAGGGAAGGCUCCCACCGGAACGAAGACCAAGUGGAAGAUGAACGAGUACAAAGCCAUUCAAGAUCACCAAACUUCCUCUAGUUCCACUCCCGAGUUGCGACAUGAGUUCAGUUUGUGCCGAAUUUACGUCGUGUCGGGAAGCUUUCGAGCCUUUGAUCGGCGCCCAUUGGAAGUUUGCAACUGACAUACGGCGGCGGAGGGGAGGACGGCACGCUACUGUCUUCUUCUUUCUUUUCUCUAUAAGAAAUAUUUAUUAUUAAUUUUUUGUUUUGAAGUUGCCAAAUUUUGUCAUUUAGAAAAUAAAUACCUUCGAGAAGUGUUAAGGCAGGAGAUGAAUGAUUAAAUUAUACUUUCUAAUGCUUGAUUUAA